UGCAAAUAAUGUGACAUGGGAUCGUGCACGAGACGACACUUCCUGUUGUCAAUAUGCUUCCUGCAAUUGUUGUUCAUCACCGAGCGGCAGGUGUUCGACUUCCUCGGCUACAUGUGGGCACCGAUCUUGGUGAACUUCUUUCAAAUCCUGUUUGUGAUAUUCGGUAUCUUCGGUGCCUGUCAGUAUCGGCCCCGAUACUUAGUAGCGUAUUCACUGUGGAGUCUGCUGUGGUUAGGAUGGAACAUCUUCCUAAUAUGCUUUUACCUAAACGUAGGAAUCUUAGAUAGGGAUAGCGAUUUACUGAACCUGGGGACGGGCAGUGUGUCGUGGUUCGAGGAGAACGGCUACGGUUGCCGACCGACGUACCCGACCAACGUCACCUCCGAGGACCCGUAUCGACCGGUGCGGCCCGAGAAGGUCGAAGGCUGUCUGCUGGAGUAUCACAUCGUGGAAGUGGUACACUCGGGCGUUCACGCGGCGCUGGCGGUUUUUGGAAUAUUCAGUGCCAUCUGCUUGGGCCACACGUUUCUGGAUGAGGACGAUAGCUUCGACUUUAUGGGCGGCGAUGCGAAGAGUCCGCAGCACACGGCCGUGCAUCCCAUGUACGUGAGCUAUAGUAGUUUACCGACCACCAACAGUGGCAACUCGACCCAGUUGAAGCCGGCGUCCAGUAGCGCCAAGCUGCUGCUGAUGGCCGCCGCCGACGGUGGUGGUGGUGCGGUCGAUCGCCAAACUCACCUCACUGACCACCACCCCAUCCAGUCACCACCACCGCUGGCGGCGCACUUGUCGCCGGCGGCGACGACGACGACGAAUCCCUCUAACAACGGAGGCCCUCGGGGUGUCGGUGGCGCGGUGUUUCUCGCAAAGCUUAACGGGCACGGUCCACCACCGAUCGGGGGGCGCACCACCCACACGACCGCCACUAGCAACCACUCACCCUCGAACACAACUAACACACUCCUGUCAUCCUCAUCCUCACCGUCAUCCACGUUCACGAACCUCAACAGCAGCCCGCAGAGUCACCAGGACAGCUCGGAAUCGUCUCCGCCACCACCGAUGGUGCCCGCCCGGGGCCUGAGCCGGAAUGCGAGCUUCACCAAAGCGUCAUCCGGCGGUGGCUGCGCCGGUGGACCGCUGCGCAAGACCAGCAACAGUAGCAGCGUCAGCAUCUUACGCUACGCCGACCUAGUGUCCGGGCAGCGCGGAGGACUCCCGGAUCCGGAAGACGACACAUUCUUCAUCCCGCGCAGUGCCUCCUCGUAUCAGCCCCGCAGUACCAACUUCGGUAUCAGCAAUCCCUUCCACAGCGUAGUUCCCGGAGGAGGUGGCCCACCGGUGGCCAGGGGCUACCGAGAGGACGGUGGAGCAGACGGCGGACGGCGUAGUGGGUCGGCGCAGCAGCUGGCUCAGAAGCGCAACUCACUGGUCGGUGGCUCGGGAGGCCGCGGGUCUCCGGGUCCACCGUCGGUGGUGCACUCGACACCACCGGUACCGCCACUACCUCAGCACUUUCAGCGCUCCGGCUCGGGGGUGCUUCACGAGGCAGCGGCCUCACCCGGAACGUCUUCGGCCUCCACCAAUGCGUACCUGACGCGAUCGCCCAACUUGAACCGAAUCGCCCGCCGCCACAAUGGGCACGGGCCAGCGGCGGGGGCCUCGGCCACGCCGGGUUUCAACGCCGGCCGAAGUAGCAAGAAGGGCGCCAAGCACCGCCAGUCGCUCUACUCGGUCGAGUUCAGCCGCCCGGUGGACACGAUCCGUGGGGCGCACCCGAACAGCGGGUACGACGAUGACGAGCUGAUUACGGGCGGCACCGGGCUCGGGGUGCCAUCGUCGCUGAGCCCGAAACCGAUGACUCCGCGGCGUGUCAAGCGCCGAUCGGUGAUGCAACGGGGUGCCACGGCCGGCAGCAGCAUCCGGCAGAGUAGCCGCCGGGUGGCGGCAGCGGCCGCCGCUGCAGCAUCUCUCGCAGCGGCUGGCGCUGCGGCCACAGGCAGUGGCGGCCACCAUCACCGCCAUCGGAGCAGCACGCGGGCUUCCCGGCGCAAAAUGAUGCACCAGAAUCCAGUCACAAAGCUACUCAACCAGCAACAACAGCAGCAGCAGCAGCAGACUCAACCGCACCACCACCACCACCUUCAUCACCAUCGACACGGCGGAGUCACCGGCGGCACGGUGAUGGACGACGCGGGCACGAUGACUCUCACGAAGACGUUCCCGCCGUUCGUGCACAACAAAAACCCGGACCUGACCGAGUCGAACCUAAAGUCCCUGAACAACGAUUACAUCCUCGGUCAGUUUAACAAUUUUAGCUCCGGUGUGAUUGACGCCAACACCGUUGCCAGCAACAACCUGAACACAUUCAGUGGCCACCAACAGCAGCAGCAGCAGCAACAGCAACAGCAGCAACAACCACUCCAGCUACAGCAGCAACUGCAGCUACAGCAGCAGCAGCUGCAACAACAACUUCUGCUACAGCAACAGCAACUGCCGCUGCCAUUGCCACCGCAUCGCCAUCCAAUCCACACACCCCCGACGCUCCCGCCACCCGAGGGAACCAGCCCGAUCGACCCGAUCUACUACAACAUGAACUCGUCAUCACCGUUGCUCCAGCAGCAAACGUCCUGGGCGUCAGCUCAUGCCGCCCAACAGGCAUUAGCGACCGCGGCAGCAUCGACGGGAUUCUACGGUGGCGUUGGCGGUGGCCUCUCGAACCCGGUCUACCAGCAUUCGAACGCAAACCUGGCGAACCACAGCCCGGAGCUUAACGAGGACUACGGCACGAACGGAAACCCCAACCGGCCGCCAUCGGUACGCUCGAGCUACUCCAACUUUCACGGAACGCGUCCCCUCAGCUCGUACCAUCUGGCGGCCGGGGCCGGGCUGACUCCCGGUGUCGGGGGUCCCGCCGGUGGAAUCACCAACCGGGGUUAUAGUGGGUCCCCGCCGGGAGGAGGGCUACCACCGCCGUUGGCCGCCGGGACGGUGGUAGAGAAUGUGUUCGCCAGCCUAACGGUGCCGGCACCCGCCGUCGCCAGUGGCCAGGUGAUCGCAGCCGCCGUCUCGACCGAUCCGAUGGCGAUACCACAACUACCCAGUCGGCGAUCGGUUUCGCGGGAGAGUGUCCGGGCGAUGCAGUUCCUCAACAGUGGACCACCGGCGUACAAUCUCAACUAUCACACGCCGCCCGACUCCGAGACGACCAUGUGAGGGGUCCUAAAGGGCUUUCCGAGGCCGAGGUGUGGUGAGCAGAUAACCAAAAAUGUACAAACCGGAACAAGAUGGACCCAAGCAGCGACUCAUUCGACUCGCCACCACCGCCGCCAAUCGACUGAGGCCUACAGUGAGACGAUCAUUUCUUUGAUAAGAUGUUAGUUUUGUAUUCGACUUUUAAGCGUUCGGUAAGCGUCACCCAGUGAGAGUAGAGAGUGCUAACAAUACCGAAGCGGAUAAUCGGUAGAUGGAAAACGGUGGACCAACCGCCCCACGGUGCUGGUGGAUGAUUUAACGAGGCACUGAGUAAAUGAUUAGAAGCGAUCGCGAAGUGUGGGGUGAUCGCACCGGAAGCAGAUCUUUAAAUAUGCCAAAGUUUAUGAAACUUUUUUUAACAUAAUGUAGACUUCAGGUGGCAAGAGACGCUGUAGGACAUUUAGAGAGCUUUUGCGAUAGGUCUAUCUACUUAACGGGAACACGAACUAAUAACGCGGAUCGCCUUAGACAGCUAAGCAAUAACUCACUGUGACAAGCGUGUAGCCCUCGUAAUUCUGCAACACGGCAGCUCAGAGACGAGAUUCGAGAUUUAAGCCCUCCUUUAUUAAUAUUCGAAAUGAAGCAAUAAUACCCGGGGGUAGCCAACAGCCCCGUGCCACGCGUCCCGUCCGCUGGACGAUUUUAGUUAGAAUGGAAAAGAACGUGAAGGUGAUUUUUAAACAUAUUUGCGUGGCGUGUAUUUGGUUUUCGCGCUCCCACUUUCCAACAGUGGCCGAGUUUGUGUCAAUAAA